AUGGACGGCUCGUUGCGCGUUCUCGACAUUCAGGAAAAGGAGGUCGGCGCUGCUAAGCCCCCGUCGUUCCCUACACCCCGAUCAACGGGCUUCCCAGAGCCGAAGAAACGGGCGCGCUUUGCCUCUGCGUUCAAGCAGCAGCGGCAGGCCGCCGAGGCUGCUGUCGCAGCCGGGAUUUCUGCAGAUCCUCCAAAGGCCACAUUUGGUCCGGCUCCUCCCUCGUUUUCCGCCUCUCCCUGGUCCUCUUCCCGUCCUCCUGCUCCGACACAGUCCAAAGAUGUUAAAGAUGUUGGCACCUUUGACGAAAAGGCCGGCAUCGACCGCGAGAACCGUGAGAUGCUGGCCAGUAUGGCGCCCGACGAGAUUGCCGAAGCUCGGAAUGAGCUGCUGUCGAACCUCGAUCCGGGGUUGCUGCAGAUAUUGCUGCGGCGAGCCAACCUCGACGACGGCAGCAAUGCCGGCUUGCCAGGCGAAGUACCGUCUCAACCAGAGCAGGCAGCAGCACCACCACCACCAGAGAUCCGCAUAGAAGAGAGCAGUGCGUCCACGGCCGAAGAACCCAAGCAGUCUACCAACCCCAAGAAGAAGGUGCUAUUUGCCUCGGUCGAGGAUGCCGAGGAAAAGGAUGACACGCCCGCUGCCCGCAAGACAGGCGACGAGGCGCUCUUCACAAACGACGAGAAUGUGCCAGCGGCCAGUGACCUAGCACCGAUUUCGUCGGCUGAAAAGGCCCAUGACCACGACCACGACCACGAUCACAGUGGCCCCGGCGCCAUCCACUUCCCUCACGCGCCGGCCAUGCCGGACCUCGACCCCAACGACCCAGACUUCCUCGAGACCCUCCACGCCAAGUAUUUUCCGAACCUCCCUGCCGACCCCGCCCGUCUCGCCUGGAUGGCGCCCCUCCCCACCGCCGACAGCCCUGCCGACCGCGAGUCGCCCUACUACCCAGGCCAAGAGUCUGUCGCCGUGUCGCAGCUGCGCUUUGAUUUCCGCGGCCGCCUGAUCCCGCCCAAACUGUCGCGCAAGAUCCCCGUGUCCAAGGGCCUGCACCAUCACGGCGUGGCCCCCGAAGCGGCCGGCUACACGAUUGGCGAGCUGGCACGGCUGGCGCGGAGUGCGGUGCCGUCGCAGCGGUGCGUGGCGUUCCAGCUGCUGGGGCGGCUGCUGUACCGGCUGGGCAAGGGGGAGUUUGGCGGGGGCGGCGGAGAGAGCGGCCAAGAGGGCACAGGCUCGGCGGUGGACGAGAUGACGAGCGAUCCGCGGGUGCAGCUGGCGCAGGGCAUCUGGCGGAGCUUGUCCGAGGGCCGGGUGUUGGAGACGCUGCGGGAAGCCGCAAGCGUGGAGGAAGGGCAGGGCCACCGAGGCAGCCGGGCGUAUGCGAUCGAAGCGAUCUGGCUGUACGAAAAGGGUGGCUGGAAGGAGCGGUGGCAAGGUCGGUAG